UCAGGCGAGCGCGGGUCCCGGGUGUUCCCUGGUGGAGUCUUCUCUGCACUGAGCGGUAGGAGGCGAGUCUUGAGCUCCCUGUUCCGGCAGCAGCUAUCGGAGGCUCCCUGGCCCUUAACUCAGGUGCCAACGCAGCAGGAUCUUGUGGGAACUGAGCCGUGGUGCUAGGAUGGGAAACAGUGCCCUCCGUGCUCAUGUGGAAACAGCGCAGAAAACUGGUGUCUUUCAGCUUAAAGACCGUGGUCUGACCGAGUUCCCCUCAGAGUUGCAGAAGCUGACAAGCAAUCUUAGGACCAUCGAUUUGUCCAACAACAAGAUCGACAGCCUACCACCUCUGAUAAUAGGAAAGUUCACUCUGCUAAAGAGUCUCUCUCUCAACAACAACAAACUGACUGUUCUACCUGAUGAAUUAUGCAAUCUGAAAAAACUAGAGACACUAAGUCUCAACAACAAUCACCUGAGAGAGCUACCGUCUUCCUUCGGGCAGCUGUCGGCUCUGAAGACCCUGAGCCUCUCUGGGAAUCAGCUGGGAGCAUUACCACCCCAGCUUUGUAGCUUGAGGCAUCUGGAUGUAGUAGAUCUCUCCAAAAACCAGAUUCGGAGUAUACCUGACACAGUCGGGGAGCUGCAGGCCAUCGAACUCAAUCUCAACCAGAACCAGAUAUCUCAGAUCUCCGUGAGGAUAUCCUGCUGUCCUCGCCUCAAAGUCCUCCGGCUGGAAGAGAACUGUCUUGAGCUCAGCAUGCUUCCACAGAGCAUCCUCAGUGAUUCCCAAAUCUGCCUGCUUGCCGUGGAAGGCAAUCUCUUUGAAAUAAAGAAACUUCGAGAACUAGAGGGUUAUGAUAAGUACAUGGAAAGGUUCACAGCCACCAAGAAGAAAUUUGCAUGAUGUUCUCCAGGACAAUGGGACACUGACUUGGAACUCUUUUGGAAUCUGACUGAGUCAAAGGCUCCUGAUGAUGGAUACGCUGCGGACAUGCUGCAGAUAACAUUUUACUCAAUGACUUUUUCCUCUUUAGGACUAUGCCAGAUAAGCUAAAGGAAAAGGAUUUAGGAGUAGGAGACAGGAAGAACCCUUCAUCUUCAGCCAUGUAGGGCCGUGGCCAGUGCUGAUCUUCAAACCAUCAUUAGUUGGGCUCUGAGGAGCAGUAAGUAGUUGCUGUUCAUGCAGGCGACGACAGAGGGAGCCGUGCCGCAGCCUCAGACUGUUGAGUUGCAGACGGUCAGCUUUCAUAAAGUCAGUCCCAUCACCUCUGUGUUAACACUUCAUAUUUUUUAUGAAAUUCUAAUUUGUGGGAAAACAUGUAUGACUAAGGGUGAAUGCUUUUAGCAGUGUUUACACUUGGAGUUUGGGAUGUACAUACAUAUGUAGCUGUCUUAAAGAGAUCUUUGUCAAGAGGAGCACCAACACAACAGCCACCAAGAAUGUUCUCCAAGGCUGCAGUAGCAAAUUUUUUUUACUAUUGCAGGUGCCUUAUUGGUAGAGGGCUCUGAAAGAGCUAAAACUAUAUGCAAAAAUUAUAAAAACUUUUUGUUUUUAGACAGGUUUUUGCUAUGUAGCCCAGGCUGGCCUCACCCCACCUCAAACCUCUCCUUUCCCCCACAUGCUGGGAUUAUAGGCAUGCGCCACACAGCCUACUUGUAAGAUUUUAAAUUUUAGUAAUCAAGAUUUUCUUGAAGCUUUGUUAAAAAUCAUGUGCUAUUCUGGUAACUCCUCCCCUUUUUGUAUUUAUAACUACUAAUCAGAUUACCUUCAAGAAAACCAUUGCUACAAUAUUUUAAAAUAACCUAUGUUUAUCAUGGUUAUUCUCUGAAUGAGAGAAUAUUCUAAAUAAAAUAUUUUUAGUGAACUUUGUCUGGAAGCAAUGUUAAUAUUUAAAAAACUUUUAAUCUGUUAAGUAGUCCUUUGUUCUCUGAAAGUAAACUGGGUACCAUUAAAAAAGGCCUGUUUUGAAAAAGCCAAAAAAGUAAGAAGGGAAAGAAAAAACUGGGGGAUGUUUCAUGCUCUUGUUUGGCUUUAAGGCAAUGAAAUCUUUUGCUGCCGUGCAGACAUUUCUGAGGAACUGGGAACUGUGCUUAAGAGAACGUGAAGGUGGAGAGGAUUGCAGAGUGUUACUGGUAAGAACAUCGUGAAGCUCUCAUAGGGAUUGUUUUCUAAAGUCUUCCCUCUAACCAGUGCCUUUCACUAACAAAUCUGAACCAAUCAAUAACUUACAGGCAUUCAUUUAUAUUGCUCCAAAAUGCCUUCGUGUUAUUCAGUCAAGAAAAACCAUCUCUCUUACUUGGUGCUGACCUGUAUCUAAGCUCCUUCCCUAAAUCUAAUCCGAAUUAACUGCUCCAUCUGCUGAUAGAGUACUUCCCACAUCCUAUAUUUAUCUCUCUUGCUAAACUGAAGUGCUUGACGUUAAAAACCAUAUAAAGGGGCUGGAGCAAGAGCUCAAGAGAAAAAAAAGCACUAGUCCUUGCAGGGGACCCAGAUUCAGUUCCUGUACCAACAAGCUGGUUCCAACACCCUCUUCUGGCUUCUGGGCACUAGGCAUACAUGUGCUACACAUACACACAUGCAACCGUAACACUCAUAAACAAAAUCCUUUUAAAAAACAAAAACAUACCCAAUACGCCUUAAAUUUUAGUUUGGUUUGGAGUCAUCUAGUACAUGGAGUAAAGUCACAGGCACUGUACUUGGAGAAAUCAACAUAUAGAUCCACUUUGUUACUUAAUAGCUUUCUGGGCAAUUUACUCUCAUCUGUAAAUAUAGGGAAUACCUCUAUACUUGACUUUCUCGAGUAUGUAUUAUAAAGAAAAAAAUCAUAAAAGUGAUUUAGCUCAGUGGUAGAGCACUUGCCUAGCAAGCGCAAGGCCCUGGGUUCGGUCCCCCAGCUCCGAAAAAAAGAAAAGGAAAAAAAAAAAAGUGACACAACAGGAACCCAAUGAAACAAGCGAUUUAUCUUAUCUAUAAAGAGGCAAAGACAAACAAACCAAUUAAUGACUUCAGGAUAAGGAAUCUGAAUAUCAAAUAUGAGGGAUAAAUUAGGAUAACUUGGAAUUUUAAUGAGAGCAUCCAGGAAAAUACCAUUCAGGUAACUUCUGCUUUUUAUUUUCAUUACAUUCUUAUGUGUAUGUGCACACAAGCUUGCAUACAGUGCAGCACAUGUGGAAGUCAGAGGAAAACUUUUAGGUGGUUCUUCUACCAUUUAGGUCCUGGAGUUCAAACUUGGGUUGUCUGGCUUGGCAGCAAGUACCCUUACCUGCUAAGCCAUAUCAUUGGCCCUUUUUGUUUUGAGUAUGUUUCACAUAUCCCAGGUUGUCCUGAAACUGUGUACCUGAGAAUGACCUUGAACUCCUGAUCCUCCUGCUACCCCCUACCUAGUGCUGAGUUUGGAGGGGCAUGGCACCACAUCUGGCUUACAUGGUAAAACAGAACUGAACCUAGGGAUACUUGUAUACUAGGCAAGCACCUCAUGAUCUGAGCAGUUCUACAUUCCCAAUCCUAAACCUUAACCUCCGAGUUCAAGGCCAGCGUGAUCUACAGAGUGAGUUUCAGGAUAGCCAAGACUACACAGAAAAUCCUGUGUCAAGACCAACCAACCAACCAACCAACCAACCAAAAGUUCAGUACAAGAUGCUAGCUCUUAUUUGUAGUCAUAGGUAUUAUAUACAAGGUCACGAUAUUAGAAAACACACCAAAACCUUAAUUUUAAAUGCUCAUUAUAGGAUGUCUAGAAUAUAGAUGUUUAAGUUAAUAGAAUAGUCAUAAUCCAUAUGUGAUAAGGAAAAAUUAAGAAUCGAAGACUGAAAAAUACAUUAAAACUGAAGAAGGGAUGAAUAGGUACAGCUGUGUAAGUUAAGACUAAGAUGAAAUUUGAGCUUUACUGUUUUUAAAAAACUUUGAAGUUGGACCUAGUGGCACACUUAAUUUCAGUAUCUGUGGAGCAAAGACUGGUAUAUCUCUGGGUUUGAGGCCAGCCAGGAUUACAACUUUUAAUUCCAGCACUUGGGAAACAGAGGCAGGCUGAUCUCUGAGUUCAAGGCCAGCGAGAUCUACAGAGUGAGUUCCAGGAGAGCUAAGGCUACACAGAAAAUCCUGUGUCAAGAACAACCAACCAACCAACCAACCAAAAGUUCAGUAUAAGAUGCUAGCUCUUAUUUGUAGUCAUAGGUAUUAUAUACAAGGUCACGAUAUUAGAAGACACACCAAAACCAGAAUCCCAGGUGACUCCAGCUUGUGUUAUGCUAUUGUAUCUCAAAAAUAACAGCAACAGUGGGUAUGGUGGCUCCGCAGACAAAGGUGCUUGGUAUCUGCUUCCAUGCUUUUUUCUUUGGGUCGGGAGAGGAGCUAUGUUGUCUUUGACCAAAAAGAGCUCCCGGGGCUGGGGAUUUAGCUCAGUGGUAGAGCGCUUACCUAGGAAGCGCAAGGCCCUGGGUUCGGUCCCCAGCUCCGAAAAAAAGAAAAAAAAAAAAAAACAA